AUGCUAUUGAAUGAUACCUUGACAUUUUUGCCAAGCAGUCUUCCUGGUGUCGUGAUUAUCUGUGCUUCAUUGACGACUUUAUUAGCUAUUGUGAUCACUGGAUAUGCUAUAUAUCAGAUUUCAUUUCAUCCUCUGGCACAAUAUCCCGAGCCAUUACUCGGUAAGUUGACUAGCCUUUGGUCGGUUUACCAUGCCUUCAGAGGAGAUCGUCACCUAGCUAUAUUCGAACUACAUCAGAGAUAUGGCACUGUGGUACGGAUUGGGCCGCACCACAUUUCAAUCAAUUCAGCAAGUGCGCUAGGGCCGAUUUAUGGCCAUGGUGCAAAUGUUCAAAAAUCGACCCUCUAUGCAAGUUUCUAUGGCAACAACCUUCUCACGGCAGUGGACAAAAAGACCCAUGGGCGGAAGAAACGGGUGAUGUCGAGUGCCUUUUCGGAUCAAGCACUUCGGAACAUGGAGCCACACAUCUUAUCAGCCAUUCGUGACUGGUGCUCUGCGUUAGGUAAAAACUACGAAGAUAGCGCUUUGAAAGGACAUGGCCACUGGAGUACCUGCGUGGUUUUUGAUGCCCUCGGCGAGGUGUGUUUCGGCCGAAGUUUUGAAAGCUCAUGUAGUGAUGAGAAUCACUUCUUCUUUGCUUUAAUGUCGUUGAACAUGUAUAUCAUCAACAUUGUUGGUCAAAUGCCCAUCCUGCGGAGUCUUGGUGUCGAGCCAUACCUGAGACGGGGGACAGCAGCCAAUCGACAGCGGCAGGUAGCCUUUGCAGGCAAGCAACUAAGGACAAGGCUGGAAGCCGAUAAGUCUGGCACCAACCGUCGGGAUAUCAUUUACUAUCUCCUGCGAGCUCAGGACCCUGAGACCGGUAAAGGCUAUUCGGACUCGGAGUUAAUCUCGGAGGUGACUAUGCUAUUAGGAGCCGGAACCGACACCGCCAGUACUGCAUUGGCUGCGACAUUCUAUUACCUCACGCGGCAUCCGGCGAUCCUGGCCCGAGUGACUGGGGAGAUCAGAAGCACAUUUCCGGACCUUGAAUCUAUUGUAUUGGGACCAUUGAUGCAACAAAUGCCAUAUCUGCGUGCUUGUAUAGAAGAAGCAAUGCGACUUUCCCCUCCGCUGCCAACGCUUCUUCCACGUCAGGUGUUGGAGGGCGGCCUCCAUAUUGACCAAUAUUUCUUCCAGGCGGGAACAAUCAUCGGCGUGCCAAUAUACGCCUUACACCAUACCGGAAAGUAUUUCGAGCAACCAUUUACUUAUGAUCCAAACCGGUGGCUACUUCGAGACUCAGAACAUAGGGAGGGCGCACUGCGGAACGGCUGGCUAGGAUUUAGCGCCGUUGGUGCUGGCGGUAGAGACGGCGAGUACAAGAUCAGAGAUCACUUCGCGGCAGGAAAAGAAGGGCCAGUGCUGCAGUUUCAGAGAAGGAUUUAA